GACCGCUCCACAUGACCUGGGCAGAUUCCACGUGGCACCUCCCAGGAGACGCUCGGCGGUAGCAGCAGCAGCAGCAGCAGCCACUUCCUCCUCGCCAACUCCCUGAGAUCGCCCAAUCCUAGCGAAGGAAUCGAUGCCACGGUCCUCAAGGAGCCCUGGGGACUCGGGCUGCCCACCCGAAGAUGCGGCCCACUGUGCCAGGUCCAGGAGGGCUGCCCAGCGAAGCCGGAACACGUGCAGGAUAACGGACGACUCCUCCCCAAACCUGAAUGACCCCUUCCUGUUGCCCGUCCGCAUCAACACCCCAGCUCUGGGCCUGACUCAGUGCAUGCUGGGAUGUAUGUCCUGGGUCACCUUCGUGGCCUGCUUCCUGAGAACUCAGGCCCAGCAAGUCCUGUUCAACACCUGCAGAUGCAAACUGUUCUGCCAGAAGGUCAUGGAGAAGACGGGAGUCCUGGUCCUCUGUGCUUUCGGAUUCUGGAUGUUUUCUAUUCACUUACCAUCGAGAGUGGAAGUCUGGCAGGAUGACAGCAUAAAUAGUCCACUGCAGAGCUUGAGGAUGUACCAGGAGAAGGUGCGACAUCACACUGGAGAAAUCCAGGACCUCCGAGGUAGCAUGAACCUCCUUAUUGCCAAGCUCCAGGAGAUGGAAGCCAUGUCAGAUGAGCAAAAACUGGCCCAGAAAAUAAUGAAGAUGAUACAAGGAGAUUACAUUGAAAAGCCGGACUUUGCCCUGAAGUCUAUAGGGUCCAGCAUCGACUUUGAGCACACGUCGGCCACGUACAACCACGACAAGGCGCGCUCCUACUGGAACUGGAUCCGGCUGUGGAACUAUGCGCAGCCCCCGGACGUGAUCCUUGAGCCCAACGUGACACCUGGCAACUGCUGGGCCUUCGAGGGUGACCGAGGCCAGGUGACGAUCCGAUUGGCUCAGAAGGUCUACCUGUCCAACCUCACACUGCAACACAUCCCCAAGACCAUCUCACUGUCGGGCAGCCUGGACACCGCCCCCAAGGACUUUGUCAUCUACGGCAUGGAAAGCUCCCCCAAGGAGGAAGUGUUCCUGGGGGCGUUUCAGUUUCAGCCAGAAAACAUCAUUCAGAUGUUCCCACUCCAGGGGUUGCUGGCUCCAAAGGUAGAGUCUGCAUACUGGGAGACCCCCUCAUCAGCACCUGACCCAACCACAGAACCAGCCGGUCCGGGCUUUCAAUUCGGUCAAGGUGAAGAUCUCCAGCAACUGGGGGAACCCGCGCUUCACCUGCCUGUACCGCGUGCGAGUGCACGGCACCGUGGGGCCCCCCAAAGAGCAGUCUAACUAGAACCCCCACCCUGAGAGAGAUUAAAGUUUAUUCUUUGCCCCAGC